CCGAGCAGAAACGGUUCUUGCGCGAUCGGGAGGAGUUGGUCGGCUGGGUCGAGCAAGCUGAGCGAACGAAAGCAGAUGCGGUGGCUUCUUCUGAGAUACAGCAAAGAAAGCUGACAGAGGUUGUCAAAGUAGUAGAAGCUCUGCGAGACGAAAGUAAGGGUAUCAGAACACACGUGUACAACCCACGAGAUGCGACCUAAACUCGCUCAUGCCGUCCGUUUCAGAUGAAUUUCUCUCAAAAUCAAAGGCUGAGCUUGAAAGUGAGGCAAGGGAAACUGCAACGUUGCUGAACGAAACGCAGCUCCAACUGCGAACUGCAACCAACGAAUUCAACGACUGUCAACACGAACUGACAGAGCUAAAAUCAACCCUCAAAACGACUCGCGAGGAUCUCAUGUCCACCAUCGACGAAAUGGCGUCCGUGGAGCGGGAUCGACAGAAAUGGGAAAGUCAAGCGCACCAGCUCGCGGAGGCUGAACGCACAACAACCGAGAAACUGCAAAGGGAACAACAAGAUCUCGCCUUGUCGCGAGAUGAUACCCAACGACUUGUUGACGCCAAUAUGCAGAUGGAGCGGAUGCUGCAAGUCGCUGAUGCCAAAAGCAAAGAGCUCACCGCGUGUAUACACGCGCUGAUGAAGUUUCCGGACGUUAGCUUGGGGCACGAGAUUGCAGACUCCGAUUUGGACGCGGGCGCUGUCGACGGCGACCGGAUGCUCAAAGACAUGAUCACCGGGAACAGCGUAAGGAUAUCCAUUCUGGAGCAGAAAAAUAACGACCUUCGCAUGGCACGGUUGAAUUUUGCAUCCCGUGCCGCAUCUCCCAAUGGACCAAUCACAAAAACCAACCUCGUCGAUGGUCCAGCGGUUCAAAAAGCCAAGCACUCCCUAUCGAUGCAACACCUCGAACAACAAGCCGGCAUCAGGCCUACGCGCCAAAUGAUAAAUACACGCGCAUCCAGCCAGUCUCUCCAUACGAAUGUCAUCACGGUCCCACGACCGAGAUCCGGACGACCUCCAGCGGUCCAAUCAGCAUGGGGCGGAAGCGGCAAUGUCGGAGGGCGGGCAUCUCCCAUGAGUUCCACAAAGUUCCCGCCGGAGGAUUGGAUGACGAAUACACCGGUGCAAGGCGUGGGGCUUCAGCAGCGGUCUGUGAAGUCGACGAGAGGCGGGAGUUCUACGAGAGGCAGAUGGUCCGCUGCCAUGACGUUACAUUGAGUGGCGGUCCAUACCAGGGACUUUACAUUUUAUCUUGUCGGGCUUAGGAGUGUGCCGUUUGCUUUAGAGUGUGGUGGGGCAUACACGUUCUGUUACUUUUGUUGGGAAUU